UUUAAGUAGCAGUCGGUUUAUAAGUGAAUUUAUUGAUUCAUUUUGUGUUUUGUUAUUGUUGUCAAAAAGUAUAACGGAAGUGCCUCACAACUGAAGCGGAAACCAGUUUGAUGCGCAAAGUAGUCCAUUAUAUGGAAGGUGCUAAAGAGUGGACAGUGUUGAGCCCUUGUGAAAGCCUUCUUCUUCGGGUUAACAACAAUAAUGCAGACAAUGCUUUGGAUGACACAUUUCCUGACAUUAGUGAAUUUAUAUAUGAGGGAUCAACAGCAUCUGCCUAUGAUCCAGCACUGUCAACAGAACUGUUCACACAGUCUCCAUUGAUGUUCAAUGAACCUCCAUCAAUGUCAUCUUUAUCAUCUUGGCACAGCAUAUCUUCUACCACUUCCAGUGACAAUGUGGUUUCAAAUGUGUCUGAAACAACUCAUACUGCAUGUGCUUACCAGUUAAAUGAGACAUCUGAAGGUAAGCAAGAAAGUGUUUCGAAGGAGAAACAGGAGUUGACAGAUCUCUUAUUACAAAUGGAUAGUAUGCUUGCUCCUGAACAACCGCGCUACAUUCAAUACCAGUCUACUCCAGCAGAGAUCAACCAUACAGAUCUCUUUUUACAUGCGGAUAGUAUGCUUGAUCCUGAACAACCGCGUUACAUUCAGUACCAGUCUACUCCAGCAGAAGAGAUCAACCAUACAUUCACUCACCAUACAACAGAAACCGAAAGUUCACCAAAUUCAAAUAGGAAAGAGAAAUAUCAGAAAAUAAACUUGAACUCUCUGUUGAAGCAAUCACAAAAUGCAAAACGCUCUGCAAAUUCAAAUGUAAACUCUGCAAACUCAAAAGUAAACAAACCUCAAUUGAGCAUGCCUCCAUAUAGCUAUGUUGCUAUGGUUAUCGUCGCCAUCUUGACUUCCGAGGAAAAGCAGCUCACCCUUUCAGAAAUUCAUAAGAAACUAAUGGAUAUGUUUCCAUUCUUUAGGGGUGAGUAUACAGGCUGGAAGAACAGUAUACGUGAUGCUCUAAGACAGAGUAAAUGUUUCGAUAGGGUUGAGAAAUGUGAUAAAAUUUACAGUAGGCCUGUGUUUUUGUGGAAAGUGAAUACCAAGUAUGUGAGACCUGACAUCACAUUUAACCGCACCCUUCCUUUAGAAGACUACAAGCUGACACUUCAAGAGGAGCUUGGUCUACCACCAUAUGACUGUACACCAGAGAAUGACACUCUUAACAAUAACAACAUCACACUUCCAACCAAACCAUGCUUACAGACUGAGUCUUUGUCACUUGCAGGUAGUGUGUCUGGUGGCGUACUUAAUGUCAGAAAUGACUCUAUUCCAUCACCUCAUAGCACAAUUUCUGACAGUUUUUUAAGAAUUUCUCCCAGUGUUACGGAUAUUGAGCAGACAACUUAUGAAAGUAGAAUGCAGCAGGUUGCAAUGACUCAGUUUGGUAACCUACCGCAAACUAGUGCUCAGCCUUCGACCUUAGGUUGCCAUAAUGAUAUUCUUGCAUUGAGACAAUGGCUGUUCAGUCAAGCUUCUUACUAUAAUUGGUUGGCUCUCAGCCUUCCUCUGACGUAUAACACAAACAGUUGUGACUUGUUCCCUUCUGCAGCUUUGGAUUUGAGGAAACAUAAGGUAGAAGAAAAGUGACUUAACUGUCGGAGAUCACAUAAGAAUAGAUGAACAUAUUUUGCUGGGGAAAAAAAAAUCGUAAUUUGUAGACUUGUGUCAGUAAAAGACGUAAAUAGAUCUUUUAAGAUGUAAUUCAGAUUCUUCACAAUCAUAUAACUCUUGUGUUAUGACAGAUAGAUGUAGAUGUAAUUCAUAUUCUUCAUAACUAUGUUGAUAUUCUUGAUAGAUGCCUCGGCGAUAUAUGACCGGUUAGUGUCAGUUUGCUGUAAAACCCAACUCACUCACUCUUGAUAGAUGCAGACGUAAUUCAUAUUCUUCACAUACCAUAACUCUAUUGAUAUCUCUUGAUAGAUACAGAUGUAAUUCAUAUUCUUCACAUACCGUAACUAUAUUGAUAUCUCUAGAUAGGUACAGAUGUAAUUCAUAAUCUUCACGUACCGUAACUAUAUUGAUAUUCUUGAUAGAUACAGAUGUAAUUCAUAUUCUUCACAUACAAUAACUCUAUUGAUACCUCUUGAUAGAUGCAGAUGUAAUUCGUAUUCUUCACAUACAAUAACUCUAUUGAUAUCUCUUGAUAGAUGCAGAUGUAAUUCAUAUUCUUCACAAACAAUAACUAUAUUGAUAUUCUUGAUAGAUACAUAUGUAAUUCAUAUUCUUCACAUACAAUAAUUCUAUUGAUAUCUCUUGAUAGAUGCAGAUAUAAUUCAUAUUCUUCACAUACAAUAACUAUAUUGAUAUUCUUGAUAGAUACAGAUGUAAUUAGUAUUCUUCACAUACAAUAAUUAUAUUGAUAUUCUUGAUAGAUGCAGAUGUAAUUAGUAUUCUUCACAUACCGUAACUAUAUUGAUAUUCUUGAUAGAUACAGAUGUAAUUCAUAUUCUUCACAUACAAUAACUCUCUUGAUAGAUGCAGAUAUAAUUCAUAUUCUUAACAUACCAUAGUUCUAUAUCAAUUUGUGUAAAGUACAUAUUCAUUGAUUAAUAAGACCUAAAAUAAAAUGUUGUUUGUUUCCCCUCCCAUUUAACCAGAUAAAAUGGCAUGAACCAAAAAUUUUUAUUGCAAGAUUCAGUGAAAAUUAUUUUUUCUUUUCAGUUGAAUAUUUUGAGGUUGUAAUUUAAACUUUUGGAUAAAAACAGACAGAAAUUGUACUGGAAUCAAAUUCAUUUAGGUGCAUGUCAUUUAGUGUCAAAAGUGUUAAAUAUUUCUUGAAGUGCCAAUUAUUGUCUGUGGCCCUGUUUGUUUGAAAUACUUUCUGAUGUCAGGUUGUUUUAUAUCGUUUUAAACGGCUUGUUGGGGAAAAGGAAGAAAAAUGCUGAAAAGAACAUAGUUACAGUGUCAGUUUCAGUCAAAUAUACAAACUUGAUUGAAAUAAUUGAGGGUUGAGAAAUUAUGAGUAAAAAGCCAAUUAGAAUAUUUUUGUAACAUUCAAAAUAUAAAAUAAUAAUGCAAAAUCUUCUUCUUGAAAAUCUUUGGACAGAUUUACAUCAAACUUUACAGGAAUUAUCCUUGGGUGGCCCCCUUUCAAAAUUGUUAAAAAAAUUGAAUUUCACAUAGAACUCUGGUUGCCAAGGAAAAACUUUAAAAAUCUACUUGUCCAAGAGUGCAUGGCAUAGAGCCUUGAUAUUUGGCAUGUGACAUCAUCUAAUGGUCCUGUAUGAAAAUGGUCCAAAUAUUCCCCUUGGGUGAAAAGAAGUUCAACCCUUGGGGUCCAAAGUUUUACAUAGACUUAUGUAGGAAAAAACUUCAAAAAAUCUUCUUAUCCAAAACUGUAAGGCAAGGCAUGUUUGGCAUGUGACAUCAUCUAAUGGUCCUCUAUAAAAAAUUGUUCAAAGUAUGCCCCUGGGGUGAAAAGAGGCGUCACCCCAGGGGUCCCAAGUUUCACAAAGACAUAUAGGAAAAAACUUUAAAAAUCUUGUCAUAAACCAUAUUAAGACCUAGGCCUUUGAUAUUUGGUAUGUGGUAUUUCCCUGUGGUCCUCUACCAAGAUUGUUCAAAAUGUUACCCUGAGGGUUCCAAGUUUUACAUAGACUUACACAGGAAGAAACUUUAGAAAUCUUUUUGCCUGAAACUGCAAGACCUAGGCUUUUGAUAUUUGUUAUGUUGCAUUGCCUAGUGGUUCUCUACCAAGAUUAUUCAAAUUAUACCCCUGGGUGAAAAGAGGCCCUGCCCUGGGAGUCCCAAGUUUUACAUAGACUUAUAUAGGAAAAAUCUUUAAAAAUCUUCUUGACUGAAAGUUUAAGGCCUAGGCCUUUGAUAUUUUACAAGAUUUUCAAACUAUGCCCAUGGAAAGAAGCCCCACCCCAGGGGUCACUGGUUAUAUGAGUUAUAUAGGAAAAAAUAUUUCAGAUAUUAUCAGAUCAUAUUUCCUAGACUGUUUAAUUAUAAUUACCUGAUGAGCCAAGUGAUUAGAAAAUAACUGUAACAUGGAGAUUGUUCAUUGUAUGUUUAUUAUUUAUUUUUAUACAAAAUUUGUAAUUACUCCCCUUUAAUAUGAAAGUAUUCAGAAUGUGGACUAUUUCUUUUUUAUUUCAAUAUAAUGUCAAGUUUUAUGUUUGAAUUUGAUAGAAAUUGAGGUAAUAAUAAUUUAACAAACUUUCUAUGAAUUCCAGCUUGACAUAUAUUAAUUUAUUUUGUCGGUGUAAAUCUUUGACAAAUUUUAUACAGCAGUUAUAAAAUUCAUUCUAUAAAUUAUGCAAAGUAUGCUUAUUAAAUUUAUACAAUCUUAAUGUUCUUGGUUAGAGCAAAUUUGUUACUUGAUCAAGACCUGAAUAACAACAUUUAAAGAUAAGUUCAGAGUUUAGCAAAAUAUUUUGAAACUUCAAAGUUCUUUCACCAACAUUGGAGUUCUUUAGAAAGAGUAUGAAUGGAAUUGUCAAAAAGAGAAAUUAAGCAAAUACCAAAGUCAAAAUGUAGACAAAAUAUAAUCAUAAUUUUUGUCAAAACAUGCCAUUAUUUGCAUAGUAAUAUUACUUAAAAUAUAAUAUUUUGAAUAGAAUUUUUCUACCUACCUACCUGCCCAACCCAACCCUUAUUGGAAUGGGUCACCAAAGGGGAAACAAAGAUAUUUUUAAGGCUGGCCUAGUCCACAGUUCCUGUAAUGAUUUUACUAUUUCCUUGAAACUUGAAGUAAACUUGAUGGAAACUCACCGUUUAACAUAACUGGAUAUGCUUAUCAUUUAUAAGUUACGUACAAAACCAUUUUAUAGGAACGAGUAUGUUGUUUAGCUUGACUAUAUGAAGUAUAUGGAGAGCUAUCCUACUCAACCCGGUGUCGGCAUCCUUCCACAUCCCCACCUUGGUUAAAGUUUUUUUACACUUUCUUUUUAGCUCACCUGAGCACGAAGUGCUCAAAGGUGAGCUUUAGUGAUUGCCCGUUGUCCGUCGUCGUCCAUCCAUCGUCAACAAUUUGACUGUUAACACUCUAGAGGUCACAUUUUUGGCCCAAUCUUAAUGAAACUUGGUCAGAAUGUUAUCUUCGUAAAAUCUUGGAUGAGUUCGAUAUUGGGUCAUCUGGGCUCAAAAACUAGGUCACCAGGUCAGAUCAAAGGAAAAGCUUGUUAACACUCUGGAGGUCACAUUUUUGGCCCAUUCUUAAUGAAACUUGGUCAGAAUGUUACCCUUGAUAAAAUCUUGGACGAGUUUAUAUUGGGUCAUCUGGGCUCAAAAACUAGGUCACCAGGUCAGAUCAAAGGAAAAGCUUGUUAACACUCUGGAGGUCAUAAUUUUGGCCUAAUCUUAAUGAAACUUGAUCAGAGUGUUAUCCUCAAUAAAAUCUUGGAAGAGUUCGAUAUUGGGUCAUCUGGGGUUAAAAACUAGGCCACCAGGUCAAAUCAAAGGAAAAGCUUGUUAACACUGUAGAGGCCGCAUUUAUGAGUGUAUCUUCAUGAAACUCGGUCAGAAUGUUAAUAUUGAUGAUCUUAAGUCCAGUUUGAAUCUGGGUCAUGUAGCCUAGGAUCAAAAACUAGGUCACCAGGUCAAAUCAAAGGAAAAGCUAAUUUACACUGUAUAGGCCACAUUUACGACCAUAUCUUAAUGAAACUUUGUCAAAAUGUUAAUCUUGAUGAUCUAUAGCUCAAGUUCAAAUCUGGAUUAGGUGGGUUAAAAAACUAGGUCACCAGUUCAAAUCAAAGGAAAAGCUUGUUAACACUCUAGAGGCCAUAUUUAUGACUGUAUCUUCAUAAAACUUGGUCAGAAUGUUAAACUUGAUGAUCUGUAGGACAGGUUUGAAUCUGGGUCAUGUUGGGUCAAAAACUAGGUCACCAGGUCAAAUCAAAGGAAAAGCUAGUUAACACUUUAGAGGCCACAUUUAUGACCAUAUCUUAAUGAAACUUGGUUAGAAUGUUAAUCUUGAUGAUCUUUAGAUCAAGUUUAAAUCCGGGUCAGGUGGGGUCAAAAACUAGGUCACUAGGUCAUAUCAAAGGAAAAGCUUGUUAACACUAGAGGCCACAUUUAUGACUGUAUCUUCAUGAAACCUAGUCAGAAUGUUAAACUUGAUCAUCUUUAGGUCAAAUAUGAAUCUGGGUCAUGUCGGGUUAAAAUUAGGUCAUGGGGUCAAAUCAAAGGAAUAGCUAGUUAACACUUAAGAGGCCACAUUUAUGACCAUAUCUUAAUGAAAGUUGGUCAGAAUGUUUAUCUUGAUGAUCUCAAGGUAAACUAAGGUCAAGUGAGCGAUACAGGGCCCUCAUGGCCCUCUUGUUUUUCUCCUUAUCUCAGUAAUUACUUGAUGGAUUUGUUUCAAACUUAAAAUAGUUAUUUCUCAUUAUCACCCACAUCAUAUGGCACAAGGGCGAUAACACUGACACCAAAAUUUCUUGAAUUGUCUCCCCUUUUUACUUAGAAUUUCAGGUUAAAAGUUUAGAUGCACUUACUUUCUGUCUUCAUUUUUACUAAAAGGAUUUGAUUCAAACUGAAAGUAGUUGUUCCACAUCAUUUCCAACAUGAUAUGACACAAGAGCCAUAACUCUUGCACCAAUAUUUGAUUAAUUAUCUCCCCUUUUUACUUAGAAUUUCAGGUUUAAAGUUUUGGUGCACUUUCCCUCUAUCUCAGUUACUACUAAAUGGAUUUGAUUCAAACUUAAAAUAAUUGUUCCACCUUAUCACCCACACCAUAAGACACAAGGUGCAUAACUCUGGCACCAACUUUUCAUGAAUUAUGUCCCCAUUUACUUAGAGUUUAAGGUUAAUUUUGAUGCAUUUUCACAAUAUUUUAGUAAUUACUAAAUGGAUUUGAUUCAAACUUGAAGUAGUUGUUCCACAUCAUCACCCACAUUAUAUGACACAAGAUGUAUAUCUCUUGCACCAAUAUUUUAUGAAUUAUGCCCCCUUUUUGCUUAGAAUUAUACUUACAUAGUAUAUUGAUACAUUUUAUUUUUGUCUUUCUUAUAACUUAAUAUUUUUGACACAGACUCCAGCUAUUGUACAAUAUCUUCAUCCACCAUUGAAGUCGUUAAACACUUCAGUGACAGCUCUAGCUUCCACAGAUGUGCCCAGUUUCACUGUCCAGCAUCGGAAUAGUCAAGCGUGCUGUCUCCUGUGACAGCUCUUAUUGUUGUUUUCUGUUGUUGAUUAUAACGUUUUACAGAAGCACCAUUUGGAUGUUAUGUUAAGACACAUUUUUCAGUAUUGAAAUUUUUGGAACAGUUCAUAAUUAUACUUGUUAAUUUUUUUGAGCUUAAGAUUUCUGGGUUCCCAGUUCAGUUAAUCAUUCUCAGUUUUGUUUUUGUUUUGAUUUAUUUGGAAUUGUUAAAUAAGAAUUUGUUUAUCUCACAGAUUUAGUUAGAAAUUUAGUUAAAUCUCACGCAGACAAAUAAUUUUGUUACUAUAUUCAAACUUAAGGUAUAUAGUUCUGCACGUUUGGAUCGAAAUCUUUUCUACAAUGUAGAAUUUGAUUAAACUCUGAUUUUUCAAAACUUCGGAAUAUAUUAAGAAAAUUCAGCAAAUAAAAAAGAUAUGGUCGUGUGCUUGAUUUUUAGCUCACCUGUCACAAAGUGACAAGGUGAGCUUUUUUGAUGGCGUGGCGUCUGUCGUCCGUGCGUCCGUAAACUUUUGCUUGUGACCACUCUAGAGGUCACAUUUUUUGUGGGAUCUUUAUGAAAAUUGGUCAGAAUGUUCAUCUUGAUAAUAUCUAGGUCAGGUUCGAAACUGGGUCACGUGCCUUUAAAAACUAGGUCAGUAGGUCUAAAAAUAGAAAAACCUUGUGACCUCUCUAGAGGCCAUAUAUUUCACAAGAUCUUCAUGAAAAUUGGUCAGAAUGUUCACCUGGAUGAUAUCUAGGUCAAGUUCGAAACUGGGUCACGUGCCAUCAAAAACUAGGUCAGUAGGUCUUAAAAUAGAAAAACCUUGGGACCUCUCUAGAGGCCAUAUAUUUCACAAGAUCUCUUUAAAAUUGGUCAGAACGUUCACCUUGAUGAUAUCUAGGUCAAGUUCAAAACUGGGUCAUGUGCCUACAAAAACUAGGUCAGUAGGUCAAAUAAUAGAAAAACCUUGUGACCUCUCUAAAGGCCAUAUUUUUCAUGGGAUCUGUAUGAAAGUUGGUCUGAAUGUUCAUCUUGAUGAUAUCUAUGUCAAGUUUGAAACUGGGUCAUGUGCCAUCAAAAACUAGGUCAGUAGGUCUAAAUAUAGAAAAACCUUGUGACCUCUCUAGAGGCCAUAUAUUUCAUGAGAUCUUCAUGAAAAUUGGUCAGAAUGUUCACCUUGAUGAUAUCUAGGUCAAGUUUGAAAGUGGGUCACGUGCCUUCAAAAACUAGGUCAAUAGGUCAAAUAAUAGAAAAACCUUGUGACCCCUCUAAAGGCCAUAUUUUUCAUGGGAUCUGUAUGAAAGUUGGUCUGAAUGUUCAGCUUGAUGAUAUCUAGGUCAAGUUUGAAACUGGGUCACGUGCGGUCAAAAACUAGGUCAGUAGGUCUAAAAAUAGAAAAACCUUGUGACCUCUCUAGAGGCCAUAUUUUUGAUGGGAUCUGUAUGAAAGUUGGUCUGAAUGUUCAUAUUGAUGAUAUCUAGGUCAGGUUCGAAAGUGGGUCACAUGCCUCAAAAACUAGGUCAGUAGGUCAAAUAAUAAAAAAACCUUGUGACCUCUCUAAAGGC